UCAAGGGAGCUAGUUUCAGCCUGACAAAAUCUAUUUCUUCUUUCUGGGCUACGCUCUGAAUGAGACAGCGCUGCUACACUACUACGCAGAGGUGACCGGAAAGCCCAUCCAUUUCUAGCUUCGCAAAAAGAUGGCUACACCUAUAGACCCCAUGGAAGAGCCCCGGAUGUACCAGCAGACGCUGCUGCAAGACGGGCUUUAUGACCUCCUGGAGAGUGAUACUUUCGUGGACUGUGUCCUCAAAAUCAAAGACAAGGAGUUCCCCUGCCAUCGACUGGUGCUGGCUGCCUGUAGCUCCUUCUUCAGGGCUAUGUUCAAGUCAGAUCGGGAGGAGUUCCAAAAGCGGGAGAUCGUCCUAGAAGAAGUGGAGCCAGAAAUCAUGGAGCUCAUCCUCAAAUACAUCUACACAUCCAACAUUGUUGUGACAGAGCAGAAUGUGCAAGACAUCUUCACAGUAGCCAACUUGUUACAGAUCCCCUCAAUCUUUACUGUCUGCGUCUCCUUCCUGCAGAAGAGGCUGAGCCUCAGCAAUUGCGUGGCGAUUUUCAGGCUGGGCCUAAUGCUGAACUGCCCCCGGCUGGCCAUCUCCGCCAGGGACUUCAUCUGUAACCGCUUCCAGCUGAUAUUGCUGGACCAGGACUUCCUCGACAUGAGCCCAAGCGAGCUAGCAGCAAUCCUCGCUUCCGACACCCUCAACGUAGAGAACGAAGAGCUGGUCUAUGAAUCGCUUCUGAAGUGGGUCGCCCAUGACAAGGAUAACCGGCUCAAGGAACUUCCAGGCCUGCUGGAGUGUGUCCGCUUCCGCCUAGUCUCCGAGGAAUAUUUCGCAAACAAAGUGGAAAAUCACAAUUGGAUACAGUCCAACCCGGAGAUCACAGAGAAGUUACAGCUGGUAAAAGAUGCUUUCAAUGGAAAGCUUCCCGAAGUCAAGAAAACCACCAGUAAGAAGGCAGAGGGCAAAAAAACAGAAGAUGAUGGAGCAAUGGGUGAGGAGGAAGAAGAGGAGGAAGAGAAGGAAGGCUUGCUUCCAGGAAUCCUGAAUGACAACCUGCGAUUUGGAAUGUUCCUCAGGGAUCUCAUAUUCAUGAUCAGUGACACAGGGGCGGUGGCCUAUGACCCCACAGCAAAUGAUUGUUACGUGGCGUCUUUGUCCACCCAGGUUCCCAAAAACCACUGCAGCCUGGUCACUAAGGAGAAUCAGAUCUUUGUAGCAGGGGGACUUUUCUACAAUGAACAAAGCAAAGAGGAGCCUCUCAGCUCUUACUUUUUACAGUUUGACCCCAUUGGUUCAGACUGGCUGGGUAUGCCUCCUCUUCCAUCCACCCGGUGCCUCUUCGGGCUGGGAGAGGUAGCGAACUCCAUUUUUGUUAUCGGAGGCAAGGAGCUGAACGAAGAAGAGCGCAUCCUGGACACUGUCAUGGUCUAUGACAGACAGACCUUCAAAUGGGAGGAGACAGAUUCUCUUGGCUUUGCAGUUUACGGCCAUGGAACUGUGUCUCAUAAUGGACUCAUCUAUGUAAUUGGAGGAAAGGGUGAAAACAAAGAUUGCAUAAAUACGACGUGUGUUUACGACCCAAAGACAUUAGAGUGGAAGGACCUGGCCCCGUUAAAGAUGGCCCGCUCUCUUUUCGGUGUGGCAGUCCACCAGGACAAGAUCUAUGUGGUCGCUGGAGUCACGGACGCAGGACUCACCAAUACCGUGGAAGUCUAUGACAUCGCCAGCGACAAGUGGUCUGAGUUUCUGGAGUUCCCUCAAGAGCGAAGUUCCAUCAGUCUGGUCUCCACAGCUGGUUCCCUAUAUGCCAUUGGGGGAUUCGCCAUGAUGCCCACUGAAAAUGAAGAACUCAUCCCCAAGGAGAUGACUGACAUCUGGAGAUAUGAUGAGGGGGAGCGGAAGUGGAUCGGUAUUCUAAGGGACAUCCACUAUGCAUCAGGUGCCAGCGUCCUGGGUGUACGCCUCAAUACCCUGCAUCUUACCAAGAUGUAACCAUCACAGCACCCUAGAGGUGGAGAAGACCGCUUGCAAGUGACUGGUCGCUCUGUAUUGCCAUCAGAGCAGAAGAGCCUAGUUGACAACACCCUGAACUACAAAUUCACAAAGGGUCAGCAGAGACUAUGAACCAGUAACUUUACCAUUUUUCUGACAGUUUAACUGCUACUGUACUAUGGUAUUACAGUAUAUUAUUCUAUGUAGUGGAGUUGGGCAGAACUGGAAUAGAAUUCCAGAGUUGUAUGUGCUAUCCAGAAUGAAUGUGUGACCGCAUAUAAUUUUUAAGUUAGCAGUGAAAGCUGAUGUUGAUUGAAGAUGGAAUGUUCCAGACGAGUGUGAUGAAAGAACCAUCCAGCUCAGUAAUAUCAAAAUCCUUUAGUUACAAUAACCUUUGGCUUUCAUCCCAUAACAAUGAGCUUUAUUAAAAGGUUUGGUGUCACAGAAAUAGAAUGAUAACUUACAGUUACGUUUUGCUUUAAUACUUUGAAGGCUCAUUUUUACUAAGCGGAAGAGUUUUAUACACAUCAAAAGAGUUUUACUCAUCAAAUUAGUUUUUUCAUCAUACAACCUGUUUGGAAGUGACCCCAUGGUAGCAUUUUUU